AUGCUUGCCAUUGCAACUUUGCACGUUGCACUGCAGGUGUUCGGAGCUUUCAGCUUGAGUCAUGCAGCGGCUGUCACUUUGGAACACCGUUCGGCUGGUAACAGUAACAUUGCAGCAAUCCCAGCCAAAUGGGACGUCUACGGGUAUCUCUUCAAUGUUACAGUCGGUUCUCCACCACAAAACAUUACCAUGCUCAGCGACAUGACGUGGAUGGCUCCUUUUGUCCGAUCGGGACGUUGUCUGUCACAAUUCAAUCCCGAGCUCUGCGUUGCUCAAGGCCAAUCGUUCUUCAACGAACAUGACUCAACGACGUUCGGAAAUACUACCUUUGCACAAGCAACGUGGCCUGUCACUGCAUUCGCGCCAAACUUUACUGUUGACUACGGUAGAGACAAGUUUUGCAUUGGAAACAUUUGCAACAAAGACAUUCUAAUGCAGGUUUCUGACUUCCCCUACCCUGGCAGCGUUGUUCCUGUUAUUCCCUUUGGAGGAAUCUUUGGCCUAGCCCCCACACCAAAGACCAUUACUGAAACGUCAGAACCCGUCAACUUUCAAGCCUGGAAGAACGGCAACAUGGGACCUUUGGUUGGUUGGCAUACGUGCGAGGUACUGAAGUCAGCAGCAUCCUGUCAGGGGGGCGAUGCGCAGCUAGUAUUUGGCGGUACGGAUACUACAAUGUACAGCGCCAAAAAGAUCCAAUCGUACGAGAUACAGAACCCCGAAUGGCUCAGUGAUGCCUUUUACCCAUCAACGCCACCUCGCAGCAACUAUUGGACUGUCGUGGACGAAGGAUCUGAGGGACUAGGGGCACCCCUGUCUCUGAACGGGUACAAGUACCUGGUCCGACACAUCAAAAGUGCCAAACUUGCAUCUAAGGCAAUCGUCCAGAACAUUCAACAGCAGGGAUCAUCGGGCUACAACACGGCAAACCAGGAUUGGUAUACCGUUUCUUGUGAUGGUUUAGACGAAUUUCCCAAUCUGGUGUAUCAACUCGACGGCCGCAAGAAGUACACGAUUUCUCCAGGUGAUUAUGUAACCAAGCUGACAGACAUGCCUGGGUCUGUCUGCUAUCUCAAUGUCAACGUUUGGAAAUAUGGACGCACAGAGAAUGGGGACGCAAGGGUUGUUCUUCUAGGUAAAGCAUUCCUCAAGAGGAAGUAUCUUGUUCUCAACUUUGAAGAACGCUCGUUUGGCCUUGCACCUCUUCUUACGGGAUGA